CUAAUUGUUCCUAUCUCCAUACAAAAAUAAUCUCAGAUUUUACUCUUCUCUUCCCACGUAUACCCCGGCUUCCGUAUAGACUCUCAGACCAUGGCACAGCGAACAACCUCCCUCAGCGGCUCAUCCAGGCUUUCACUCAGCGUAGACAAGAUUCCGGCUGCAACUCAAAUCUCAGUCGCCGGCAGGCAUCCGCUCAGGCAGGACUGGUCCAUAUCCUACGUCCAUCGGCCUCCGAAUGCUAAGGUUGACUACGAAAAAGAGAUUCGCCGGGUCGCUACUUUUGGCUCAAUUGAGUCUUUCCUCCAUCUCUACUCCCAUCUUACCCCGGUGAACGAAUUACCUCCAGUCACCGACGUACUCGUUUUCGUCAGCCGGAUUGGUCGACCUGGCGUUUGGGAGGAGAUGCGAGACGGAGGUCGAUUUACCAUCCGGCUCGUUCACCCUAUCGUCCCCGUCCUCUACGAAUCGCUUCUCUUCUCUCUUAUAGGUGACCAGUUCGAUGAGGCGGAUAAUGUUGUGGGCUGCGUUUUGAGCAUGAGGCAGGCGGAGGGUAUCCUGAGUGUCUGGGUGGAGGAUGAAGGAGAAAAUGUCCGAAAUGGCUCCUUAAGGGCCAAGAUUCUUUCCUUACUCAAUCUUCCACCAUCCACCACAUGUGACUACCGCGCGAACCGAACUCUGCUCGAAAAUGCCAACAAACCCGCUUACAUAAGCACCAAUUCCACCAACAACGUAAACGGCAUCUCCACCAAUGGCGAAGGCGGUGGGCACGGUCACGGGCACGGACAUGGGCAUGGGCAUGGUGGGCGAGGUGACAGAGGAGAAAGGGAACACGAAGGCGGUAAUCCCGGGGGCGAACGUCGUACGCACGGUACCGGCCGUGAGAGGGGUGAACGGAUUGGUGGUGACCGCGAACACGAGUACCAUCCUCGUCCACAUGGGGGUCGGUAUGACCAUCACCACCACGAGCGGCCGCACAGGGAGAGGAGUGAGCGCGCCGAGAGGAUGUCGGCAGUGGCUGCAGGCAGCACUGGUGGAGAUCGACCCGAAAGACCCGAUCGCGAACGAGGGGAACAUGCCCAUUCAAAUGUAGGAGGCCAAGGGCACGAGCGUGUAGGGAGUUCGCACUGGGGUACAACAGGAGGAUUUAGGGAUAGGGAAAGUCAGCCGGGGCAGAGGAGGACGGUCGUAACGCCUGGAGCUGCGGCUGCGGCGGGUUUGCCGGCUGCACCUGGUGCGGCAGCUCCUGGAAAUGGGGCUGGGGUGUGGUGAGAUGCCCGUCUGUCGUUCUAGGUAGAGGGAGUGUGUUAGGGGU